GAUAAAACUGCUAAGGAGAGGAAGAUUAUAGUUUUAUGUCAACUUGGCGAAGAGGAAUUCAGAGCACACUACUGGAGACUGAGCCUAUACUGGAAUAUUCCCAUCAGUCUACAAGUGAGGACGAGCAUCACCUUCAGACAGAAGUCAAAUCUGAGUUUAUUGAAGGACAGUGGGAAGAUGAGUGAUCCAGAACCCUGCAGAAUUACAGAUGAAGACACUGAAGAACAAACAGACCUUACUGAAGAGAGUGAGGAGAGUGAAGAUGAUGAACUCCUAAAAGCUGGGAAAACACCUCAUUUACAGACUGAAGAUACUUUAAUGCAAAGAGACAAGAAUCGUUUGAUCUGCUGUGAGUGUGGAAAGAGUCUGGCAAACAAAAAGAGUUUUAAUCAACACAUGAUGAUCCACACCGGAGAGAAACCAUUCACAUGCACUCAGUGUGGGAAGAGUUUCAGACACUCAUCCGCUAUUAAUGAACACAUGAAGAUCCACAAUGGAAAAAACACAUUCACAUGUACUCAGUGUGGGAAGAGUUUCACACUCUCACACUACCUUAAUCAACACAUGAUGAUCCACACUGGAGAGAAAACCCACAGAUGUGAUCAAUGUGGUAAAACAUUUUUGAGGGCGUCAGAGCUGAAACUCCAUCUCAGAGUUCAUACAAAGGAGAAGCCUUAUUCAUGCUCUGAGUGUGGAAAGAGUUUUACACAGCUGGCACAUUUAAGGCAACAUCAGAAGACCCACACUGGUGUAAAAGAGUAUGUGUGCUUUGAGUGUGAGAAGACAUUUAUCACAGCUACAGAACUGAAACUGCACCAGAGGAUUCACACUGGAGAGAAACCAUACAAGUGUUCACACUGUGAUAAAAGAUUCAGUCAGUUAGCACAUCUGAAAAAACACAAGAGGAUUCACACCGGAGAAAAGCAGCACACAUGACAUCAAUGCAGAAAAACACUGCAUUCUCUGCAACACUGUUUUGUCAAUUCAAUUGAAUAAUUGCUUUAUUGGCAUGACAAAUGUAUUGCCAAAGCAUUUAUAAAGUUUACAUAAAAAGCAUAGUAAACACAGUAAUUAGUAGUAGUAAAAAAGAUAUGCAAGUGUGAGUUUUUGUCUUGGGUGCUUGCUACUUUUAUCAAUAAAGUUUCUCUAGUCUGAAGUUCAAGAUUCUCACCAUGUUUACUUUGUAGAGCAGAAUACAAACUAGCCUAUAUUUACUGAUUUCAGCUGAUCGACAGAAUUGUUUCGGAAGUUUUUCAAUAGUAAAACAUAAUUUUUCAAUGUUUACAUUUACUAAGCUUGAUAAUUGGUUAAAAUAAGAUUCUCACGUCUAGAUUUCAGCCGUCACAAAUGUUCAGGUAAAUCAGAACUGCCUCUGGCCUAAACAGGUAUGUCUUCACAGGUUCAGUUAUUGGUAAAAAUCAACUACACCAAGGAGAGAAUGUGUGUUUUUGUGUAUUUGCAGACUGUUACAUGCUAAAUCAUUGGCUAAUCAUACGUGUACUAUAUCACUGACACGUGAGACGUUUCUUUACACAACCUAUAAAGUAGUGUGGGCAAUAUAUCAGGCACUCACCACUGAACUAGAUGGCAAGGCCAAAACGCUCCAGCUCGCCAGAGGAACUUC